UCGGCAACAUUAGUACUGGUAUUGGUCGUCCAACGGAGGAAGAAUGCGUAUACGAGAGAUGGAUGAUUUUGCAACGUAAAGAAGUAACUGAUCUUGAAGAAGCUGCAGCUGAGGCCAAAAAGGGCCUAAAAACUGAAGAUGAACUCACCCAACUAAUUGAUAAAACGGUACAAAAUUUCCAAGACUACGUUAACAAGCGUAGUCAACUCGACGUAUUAGCACUCUUUGUGCCAACUUCAUGCACCCCGUUGGAGACGUCGGUCCUAUGGAUCGCUGGCUGCAGACCCUCUUCUUUUAUCCGUUUCGAGUACGCACUCUGUGGCAUGGACACCGACUCUCAUCUCAACGAGUUUCUUCAAGGGAAAAGGGGCGUGUGUAACCUUACAGCUAAACAAAUGAACAUGAUAGACACGUUGCAAGCCAAGACGAUUAAACAAGAGAGGAUACUUUCUUCAAGAUUGGCUAGCUUGCAAGAGGACAUUGUGGACCAGAGGUUCGCAAGCAAAAUAAAGAAUAAGUGUGAGAAUGCAGAUGAAGAUUUAGAUGAACAUAGCCGAUGCAUGGCGGGUGUAAUGGAAGAAGCUGAUGAGCUGAGGAUGAAGACGUUGAAGGAAAUUGUACUCAUCAUACUUGAACCGCUUCAGGCCGUCGAAUACUUAACCGCUGCCAAAAAGAUGAGGCUUUGUUUACAAAAAUGGGGCGAGAAGAGGGAUCAUCAACAUACCAACAAAUAAGAGCUAGUACUUGAGUUUUCUGUCAAUUACCUAUGUGUGAUCAUUAGAGUAGUUUGAGUUUUUCUACAAAAUAAUUACACAUGUGAUAGAUAAUUAGAUCGGGUAGUUGAGUUUACAUACGUGUGGGCAUUAUGUAAUGUUAUUGCGGUUUCAAGUAUUGGCCAUUUUCUGUUUCCUAAUUGGAUUUAUUCAUAUGCACAUGUACAACA